AUGGCUGGCCUGUUCCCUUCCAAUUUCGUCGAGGUGUUGGGUGAGGAUUUUGUGCCUGUGAAUCGGCCAACAAGUCCAAUGGUCAAGGCAGGGCCGUCGCCUAUCACGAAUCCAACUGCCGCUCCCAAAAAACAGAAGACCGUCUUUCGAAAACCCUUCCAAGCUCACAAGGAAGCUUUGGCUCCAUCGGGAGACCUAACGCGGAAUAACACAACGCUCAACAGCUUUACUGCAAGCUCAAUCCCUCAAACUCCCCCGCGAAAUGGUAGUCUUCCUAGAAGUGUCAAGCCUUUGCGGACUCCGACCAGCUUAACCAAACAGCAAAGCUCCUUGUCGAAGGCCCCAUCCCAGUCCACCAGACCUCCGUCUCGCGCCGUGUCUCCCCGACCACCCCAGGAUUACGAUGCACCACCUCUUUCCGGACCAAGUAGGCAGAGCACCGCACGCUCUCGCCCUCCUUCGCGACCAGCAUCUCCUCGUGUUCCAUAUGAUGCCGAAAUGACUCCGCCUGCUGGCCCGGUCAAGCAGAGUUUCUCAGGUUCCGCACCACCAGCGCCACUGCAUUCUGGAUCUCCAUACAUGCCACUGGAGCCUGAGGUGCCACCAGAAGUCCCAAGGAGACAAAGCAUCAUGCAUUCGAGGCACUCAUCACGCUCUAUUUCUCCCCAUAUCCCCUAUGAGCCGGAAAUGGCCCCUGUUGUUCCUCUCAGGCAGAGUAACUCUCAGGCCAUGGUUUUAGCACGCCCAGUCUCUCCUAAUGUGUCUUAUGAAUCGGAUAUACCGCCUCCAGUGCCGACCCGACAGAUCAUGCCGCAGAGGGGACCAUCCCCACGUCCAGUUUCCCCCAACAUACCGUACGAAUCUGAUAUGUUGCCGGUUAUCCCCGCCCGGCGAAGUUAUGCACAACCCCGCCCCGCUUCUCCCAGUGUACAGUAUCCAGAUGAUGUUCCCCCGCCUGUUCCUGCCAGGCAACAUAUAUCACUACCUAGACCUCCGUCGCGCGAGGUUUCUCCGCUGGAGCUUCAGGAACGGGAAGAAUCACCUCCGCCGCCACCUCCUCCACACCGAGUUGCUGUCCGACGCGAACCUUCCAGGGAGUCACUGGCAUCUAGGGAGUCACGUACCCCUGCGCCUUUGGACAUGAAUGAUCGAUACGUGGCCAUGUCUAGGACCCCGUCCCCGGCUGCCCGGUCCGAUGCCAACGGAAACACGCCAUCCCCGCUCAGAGAUGCUAUGGAGGAUGUGAUGACCUCGUUGGAGGAUAUGGGAAUGUCUCGAGGGCAGCCGUCGCCGUCGCCCUCGCAUUCACAAUCACAUUCGCCAGUGUUCGACAACCCCUGGUCGCCAGACGCCUAUGAUAGCUAUAGGGAAGACAAACCUUUGCAGACUCGUGGUCGGGCGUUAACAUCUUUAGGAUUUGAGAGGGAGGCAGACAAGGACCAGUAUCAUUCAUACAACGGCGCCCUGACGCACAGGAAUAGCGUUUAUGGGCAGGAUCACUACAUGGAUGGCCCCCCUCAACUCAACAAUUAUGUGCAACGGAUGGAAAGCAGACUUCGACAAAUGCAAGAACAAACACGUAGAGGCUCCGAAGAUGUCAAGUACCCAGGCGAGGACGACGAGGACGAAGCCCCGUCACCACCUCCUAAGAAUGUCCCUUACCACACGAGACAUAACUCUAUUCCGGUCCAGCGUCGCCAUUUAAGAGGCCGACGGUCAGGUCAGGAUGUCCAUCGCGACAUUCUCAAUCGGAGCGCCACCAACAAAUCGAGCACCACGAAUUCUUCCAGUGGCGUGCAAAGUAACAGCACGAACAUGACAAGCAGUACUGGACGCACCAGCCAGAGUCUGAUGAGUGGUCAGUCAGCCGGGGGAUUCAGUGCAACCAGCGCCGGAAGCUUCAACAGGCGAGGCAAGCCUACAUAUGAACGGCCAAAUACGUCAAUGGAUUUGUCUCGUUCUCUCUCCCGCGCUUCACGGCCCGAAACACCGGUGACUGGCAUAUCAUACCAUUCCAGUCAUAACACUUCUCGGCAAGGUGCCUCGUCAGCCGUUCCAUGGACCUCAACAGACAACAAGGAUGCUACCAACGAGGAACCCAGUGGUGUUUUUGGUGGUCUAUCCACACCAAAGGCCAAAAAGCAAGGGUUUUUCAGGAGAAUUUUUGACUCUGCGAAGACCGGUGCUGCCAACGCCAGAAGUAGUAUCGCUGUCGGACAGAGUGGAGGUUCUUAUUCACCCACAAAAGGCCGACCAGUAUCACCCAUCCCGUCGCCAAUUCGUUCCCCUAAGUCAAACAAGGAUGCGGCUCGUGAAAUGGGUGGUGGCAGCACUAUCGACUGGGUUCAGGUCCGAAGAGAUGUGAACAGAUCGAGUUCUCCGAGCCGUAAUGAACGGAUUGAGAGGGCCGAGCGAUGCCAGAUGCUGGAUCGUCCGGUUAUCUAUGCAGUUGAGGAACUUUAUGAGACCGUGGAAGGUGAUGAGAGUAUUGACGGAUUGCCAAUCAGUGAGCCAACCAAUUUCGCGUCUGCCAAUCUGACUCUCGUGGACAAGAGUGCGCGAUUCGUUAAUAGCGUUCCGCCAACGACAAACCCUAUCAGUCUUGCGCAAGGCUAUGUAUGCCGGCCUUACAAGAGCGAUGUACAAAGAUUGCGCGCCAUCUUCACGUGGGUAAGUGAAAAGAUUGCGUGGGAUGAACCGGUGGAGGAAGAAAUAGAUAUCGAUUUAAGAAGGGUGCUACACACCAAACGAGGCAGUCCCCAAGAGGUCGCAUAUCUUGUCAAGGAGAUGUGCGCGGCAGUUGGACUGCAUGCAGAAGUUAUCAGUGGUUAUCUCAAAUCUCCGGGCGAGCUGUUUGAGCUGGAUAGCCUAUCGCGGCCGAAUCACUGGUGGAACGCUGUCCUCGUGGACGGCGAAUGGCGUAUCAUGGACUGCUCCUUGUCAAAUCCGACUAAUCCCCGAAGGAACCAGUUUGUCACCCACGCUACUUCCACAGCGGAAAGCUGGUAUUUCCUCGCACGACCGAUCGAAGUUUGCUAUACUCAUGUACCACUUUACCCUGAGGAGCAACACAUCUGUCCUCCCAUCUCUCCCGAUAUCUUGCUAGCGCUACCGACUGCCUGUCCACCGUACUUCAAGAAUGGGUUGCAAUUUCCGGACUAUGACACCAGCAUCCUAUAUCUCGAGGGCUUGGAGGUCAUGCAGGUUCGCCUUAUGGUCCCUCCGGACGUGGAAUGUGCAGCUGAAAUCGAAGCACCAGCAUUCGAUUGUGAUGCUGAUGGCGACUAUUUUGAGAGUGGAGAGAUUUUGCGGAAGCGCGCGCUGGUGCAACCGGACUGGAUCAACGGUCAGAAGCGCUUCACCAUCAAGGCUGUCCUCCCAGGCGAUGAAGGACAAGGCAUGGUUAAAGUGUAUGCGGGAAAGAAGGGGCUUAUGCACUCCAGUCGCGAUAUUCCUCAUCCACUAGCCCUUGCUCUUCCGAUUCUUCACACUGGUGAAAACCCACCGUACGACUUUGUGUUGCGUCACCCAACACCUCAUGCUCAGCGCCAUGACCUGUACGUCAUGCAACCCCAGUGUUCGAAGCUCGCGAUCAACAACACGUUUGUCUUCGCUGUUCGCCAACACCCAGCCUCUGUUCCGUCUGCACUACAGGGCAGCGAGGUGAACAUCACCGGUCGGGUUUCCCCAUCUCCCUUUGCCCGGCCUGCUAGCGCAUUGAGCAUGGUUUCCAGCACCGCUGGCAGCUCAGUUUCAGGUGUUUCCCAUGAAUUCUCUGCUUCGACGUCUGCCAUUUCAUCCCGGUCUGGCUCGGGGCGGGAGAAGCCGGCCAAACUAGCAAUCCAGGCGCCAUCGGGUAAGAUCCUCCGCCUGUCCCGCAAGGCUGAUCAUAUGAUGGGCGGCAACAGCGCGCACUCACCAACUGAUGCUCCAGGGGAUGGAAGCGUGUGGGAAACAGUGAUCAAAAUCGGAGAGCGCGGCAUCUGGCGCGGUCUAGUGUUGGCCGACAGAGUCGCGCGGUGGUGUGUUUUUUGCGAGUGGGAGUGCAUUUGA